CCUCCCCCCUCUCGCCCUCCACCUUCGCCUCGCUGUAUCGUUACCGCCAUCAUGAGCGUUACCCUACAUACCACUCUGGGAGACAUCAAGAUCGAGGUGUUCUGCGAGUCAGUUCCCCGGACGGCAGAGAACUUCCUCGCGCUUUGUGCCUCCGGCUACUACGACGGAUGCACCUUCCACCGCAAUAUCCCCGGGUUUUUGACCCAGGCUGGCGAUCCAACCGGCACCGGCAAGGGCGGCUCCAGUGCCACCGGUCUGCCUAUUCCGCUGGAGAUCCGUGCCGCUUUGCGGCACCACGCCCGCGGCGUCGUGUCCAUGGCGCACAGGGGGGCCAAGAAGAAGGCCGCUCCUGGCGAUCCGGCCGCCGAGGCUGGCGCACACUCGCAAUUCUUCAUCACCUAUGCCCCCCAGCCGAACCUGGACAACAACCACACGGUCUUCGGGAAAGUCAUCUCCGGCCUGGAGACCCUCGAGGACUUGGAGCGUGUUCCCGUCGAUGAAAAGCAGCGCCCACUCAGCCCGGUCACCAUUAAGAACGUCACCAUCCAUGCGAAUCCCAUGGCCCAUUGAGGUCCAUGAGUAGGACCCAAUAUAUGCAUUUAAAUCCC